CAAGUGACGCCCACUAUGUCGCAUCCGCAGUCGUGUCGUGCACAAAUACUAAAAACGAAAGGAAAGCCCUUGAAUCAACUAAACAUCAAGGUUUUAAGACGUUUCGUUUUCGUUUAAUGCAACAUUUCUAUGUACCCGUUACAUUGCGUGGUCGUCCAGCAGUUAAUUUGCGUUACUUUAGAUAAGAAGUGGAAUACUAUAUAUGUUUAUACCAUCAUUUGUGAAAGUUAACAAGUUUGCAAACUAUCGUCGCAUUUUCUUGGUGGUGAUAAUGUAGAUAAGUGACUACAUUUAAUUUUAAAGAUAUAGGUGCCAAUGUUAUGCGCCUUAUUUAAUAUUCUGUAGGUGCCUUGCACAGUAUUAAAACAGUUUCGCUAAAUUCGCAGUAUUACCUAGUGGCUCAAAAUAAAGUUUAUCCAUGUUAAUUCGAUACAUGAAUACAUUCUUGUGUUGUUAUUUUCCAGAUGUUACUUGUCUAAGUAAUGCAAGUAUAGAAUUUAUUAGUAAUUGUUGAGCUGAAUACCUACACAAGACGAUUUACUUGCAUACGCAUAAUUUAUAAAUUAAAUUUAUUCGUCUACGUCGUAAUACUCAGUCCUAUAAGCUAUGUUCCAUAAUCGCAAAUAGUGAACAAAAUACUUCAGUUGAGUACCUACUUAUUUGUAUGCCCAUUCAUCGUUCAUUCAUUCAUAUUGCUUAAAGUGAGAUGUCGUGUGUGUGAUUGUGUCGUGACUAAGAAAAUUUUAUUAAUUUUGAAGCAAGUGCAAAUUUUAUACAAAAUGUUCGAAAUUUUCAAAAGUCCUGUAUUCAGGCAGUAUGCUGUUGUUGUUAUGGCAUUUUCAGUAGUCUUCUUUGUUGACGUUAUUGGAAGAAAAUAUACAUUACUACUCUUUGCCUGUUUCCCUAAAAUUAUUCUAUGUCUACUAUAUAUAUUCGCUAAUAAAUUCUGGCUGCUCCUUAUGGGAAGAGCAUUGAGUGGUAUGGUUGAUUCAAUAGUUUUAAUCAUUGUGCCGAUGUACGCCUCGGAAGUGGCUAGUGUGGAAAUUCGUGGCAGUCUCGGAACUAUUCUACAAAUAUUUUCGUCAAUCGGUAUUUUGAUAAUGUUAUCAUUUGGACCAUUUCUGUCCUAUUUAUCAUUGAACGUGAUGUAUACUUGCAUCACUAUCGCCGCGACGAUACCUAUUUUGUUUUUACCACAAAGUCCUUACUUUUUAUACUCUAGAGGUCGAACAGCUGAGUCUACAAAAGUAUUAACGUUUCUUCGAGGGUCUGAAGAGCUAGCUAUCGAAGAAUUGAAAGAUUAUUCCACAACGACCGACGAUCAAGGUGAUACAGUUAACAAACUGAAACUCUUCAAAGAUAGAAUUUUCUUAAAAGCACUUGGAAUCGUUUUCGUAAUAGCUGCUGGGAAUAACUUUAUCGGUUACAAUGCAGUUACGUUCUAUCUUCAAACAGUACUACAAUCAACUGGCACUAGCAUAAGUCCUGAAGUGUCCUCGGUUGUUAUUGGCUGUAUACAAUUGACGGCCUCCAUUUGCACGGCAUUAAUAACGGAUAGAUUCGGAAGAAAGCCCAUAUUAUCGGUGACGUUGAUUGGAAUGGCAUUUGGUAUGGUUGGUUUGGGAAUAUUUUUCAAGCUUAAAGAGAAUAGCGAUGACAUCACUGGUUUCUUAAACGUCGUACCCUUGGCGUCUUUUAUAAUUAUAGUUUUCGCCUUCAGUGCAGGUCCCGGCUCUUUAUCUUGGAUUCUUGUUGCUGAACUUUUCGACGGACCGGCUCGAGGUGUUGGAGCUACGAUCAACAUUUUCAUAGCCACAGCAACAGUAUUUAUAACGACCAAAUAUUUUCCAGCUCUGAUCGCGGCGAUAGGUCCAGCUCUCACUUAUUGGAUAUUUAGUAUAAACUGUGUUUUACUUUCUCUGUUCAUAUUGUACUUUGUACCAGAAACCAAAGGGAAAUCGUUCAAGGAAAUACAGAUAGCUUUAGGAGCACGAUAUGUAAACGAUAUGAAUGCUAACUUACAACAAAAACAGUAGUAAUAAAAUUGAUAAUUAUUUCUAAUUAUUAUGUUUACUUUGAAUUACAAAGGGUUGAAAUUCUGUUUUCUAGUUUAUGUUUGAGUACUUAAAAUAUUCAGAACUCACAAUGUUAAGGGCGCGUUCCAUUAUGUCAUGACGACAGAUAGAAGUAUCGUGGCUUAUAUAUUUAAAUGU